ACCUGGACCCUCCCGACCUAUCAGCUGUUUUCUAGUUUUCAUCAUCGAAACAGCUGAUUGUCAUUCGUGGCGUGUAGCUUAUCACUUAGGCGUAACAAGCUAGAAAUAUAAAAGAUGCAUGAAUUGAGGUUUUCAACUCUCAUUUACAAGAACAAAGCGGUAGCUUUGCCUUAAAACGUCUGGGACAAUCUCUGUGAAUACAUGCAAAGCUAUUUAAUUAAAUAUCCAAAUUAAUACUAAAUCCCAAAAUCCUUAAGCAUGAUUGAGAAUGGUUCUUUAGAAAAUGCACCAAUCCCUAGUUCUAAGUUAUGUGGUAGCAACCAAAGUCCUGGUGUCCUACAAUGUAUAUGCAGGUUCAUAUUGUCUCAGCAAUCUAAAAUCUAUGGCGGAUUAGUUGAAUAUAUAGAUGGAGCUAGUGUCGGGACACCUAGAAUUAAUAAGAAUGAAUGGGAUAAAGCGUUUACCAAGGCAUGUUGCUUGCUCGAUUAACACAUUUUUUAGGAUAAUUGUUGUGAUGACGUUCGGCGAAGUUCUCAGUGCGAUAAAUUGACGCUGACCAUCGAAACACUUUUCGUCGGAGAAAACUGUUUGGAACACUGUGGAGAUAAUCAGCUUCCUGUCUAUGUUAUGGAGCAAUGGACAGCUCAAGUUCUCCCUCAGAAUUUUAAAAAUAGGGGAAUCUCUAUUUCCGGUUGUCAGAUUGAGCUCUUGGACUACAUACAAACAUCCCCUUUAAUGGCUGCAAUCAAAGAACCAGGUCGUCCUCGCAGAUAUAAGCUUACUCACAGAUCCUAUGUAUGCGAUCGCAUUUCACAAGUGGGUGAUUCUUUUCUUAUGGAUGCAUCAGAUAUACUGAGUAUGGACUGUUUAAGUGACAGGAAUAAAAGCAGUCAAGAUGAUGAUCAUGAUGGUAGUUCAGUCUCAAAAAUAGUUCGUCACUUGGAUGGUUGUGAAAGUCCUAUUAAACGAGUUUUUACACCUGUUUGUAUUAGUGAAAAGGAGCUUUUGCACAUCACUGUUGUAACGCUAAAACAUCUUCCCCAACAGUUUCUUGGUUGUCCACUUUGCCUAGAUUCAACUUACUCAACGAAUAAAGAUAGCUUCACUAUGCUUAGUCGUGCUAGAUGUCAUUCACCUGAAACUCUUGUAGACUUGAAUGUUCGUAAAAAGAACACUGCACUUGUUUCUCAUAUAACCUACGGAAAACCUAAUGUACAUCCGCCAAACUUUCUUAACUUACCUAAAUGCUCUUCAAACGAAGUUGUCAGAAGUCCUAUUGUUGUCAUAGCAGAUACAGAAGAAAGGUUUUUACAAUCUACGUUUGAUAACCCCUUUUACAACAUUCUACCACCCUGCUCUUCUUGGGAUUGUACCGAGUCAGGUCACUCGACUUUAACAAAAAAGUCGUCUCGUUUAACUGACUCCAAUAGAAUAUGCCAGAUUCCUCUAGAGUCACCUCCCCGUAAACAGCAACGUAUCAGUUGUUACGCUCAUGAACUUACUUCCGAAACAAAAGAUUCAGAUGACUCCAAUGAAAUGCCCUCUUCCGUCACCCCUACCAUGAACAAAACUCCAGGUGUGCAACGUGAAGGCUGUAUUAACAAAGUAAUUGCAGAAUUCACGCUACUGAAUGUCGAACGUGACCUAAUUAUGAACUCAGUUGACGAUUCAAAUAUUGGUUCAGUAUGUAUACCACCUGUUAAUGCGUGUUUUUCUUCUUCCUUCGAAGUGCACAGAGACUCCAUACAAUGUAGCCAACUCAGUUAUAGUACAGCUAAAAAGCGUGACCAUGCUUCUGAAUCCCAGCUAGGCACAGACUCAGAGGAUUCAGUACUGUUAACAUCACCCAGUGCUAGUUCUCAACCGGUGCCUAGACUAAGCAGGAGACGAAACGCUACUUCCGCCUCCGUCUGGCCUUCAUCAUCGUUUCACAAUGACGGCACUCCUUUCUUCAACCGCCGCACUGGAUUGCCUUUACAAUCAUCUCCGGUUCCUCUCAAAAGAAGUACAAGUGGGAAGUUUGAUUUCGAUUUAUCAUUGAAUCGCAUGAAAACAUCUAGAAGCUCUAUUUGUAUGGUAUACAAUCAUAAUUUGCAAAAUUCCAGUGAAAUCAAUACAGAUCAAGUUAAAGAACCUUCAUCAGGAAUGGAAAGUUUAAAAUCUGACAAAAAAUUCAAUAAUAAUACUGAUAACGGUAGUAAUGAUAAUAAUGAAACUAAUAGCAACAAAUCAAAUCAAACUAUUACAUCAUUUCGUCGACGACCAUCUAGUCUACGAUUUACAUCUCAAUAUCAAGAACAAUCAUUUGAACGUAAUACUGUUAAUAGUUCUACCAUUGGUGGUUCUAAUAAUCGACAUACAGUAGCAGGAGCAAGACGACGUAAUUAUCCUGUAGAAAUGGAUUCAAUUGAAUUAAGUUGUAGUGCACCACCGUCUGGAGGUCGUGGUUUUCAACCACAUAAAAAUAUAACAAGUCGUUUAGCAAACACUAUGGCAUGUACACCAGUACCACAUGGUAGUUCACAACAUUUGCUAGUCAAUUUUGAAGAAAGUAUGCUCAAUGGACGUAUACAUCCAGUUGGACAAGUUGAAGGAUUUUCAAUUGAAUUAGGCGCUAGUGGUUCAUUCUAUCCAAAUCAUAUACGUCUUCCAAUGAAAGCAUAUUUUUUCAAUUUAUCUGAUGAUAAUGCGCCAUCACCGUAUUUAGGCUAUGCUGAUUUAAAACAAUUACCUAGUAAUAAAGGUUAUCAUAUACCGAAGAAAGGUUCUAUUCAAUUAACUUUAUUCAAUCCAACUGGUCUUGUAGUGAAAAUGUUUGUUAUUGUAUAUGAUUUAGCUGAUAUGCCACCAAAUUGUCAAACAUUCUUAAGACAACGUACAGUUUAUAUGCCAAUUCAACAACAUAAUCAAUUUCAUUCAUCUUAUAUAAUUUCCAAUUCAACACAAUCAACAUCUUUACAUAACAAUUCUAAUUGUCCAUUUCAUAAACCUCAAUAUAAUUCAACACAUACUAAUACGAAUCAUUUAAAUUGUAAUAGUACUCCUAUUACAUCAAUGAUAAAUACAAAUGUAUCGAUGAAUAAUACAUUAUCCAAUUGUACUACAGAUCAUUUAUGGGAUAUAUCAUCAAAAUCAUUAACUGAACCAAAUACACCAUCAUUUCUAUCUUAUUCAUCACUAUCUUCAUCAUCAUGUUCAUGUUCGUCUAUUACAUCAAUUGGUUCAUUAAGUUCAUAUGGUUCACAGAAUGCUGUUAAUAAUAAUACUACUAAUAGUAAUACUACUACUAAUACUACUGGUAUUGCUGGUGUGUCAUUGAAUACACGUAAUGAAUUACCUGCCUACUUACGAUAUCUAGUUCAUUUAAGGUAAUAUUCAUUGUUUGUUGGGAAAAAAAAACCCAAUCAAAAGAAACUUUAUUUUUCUUAAUAAUGAUUAAAUAAGCAAUGAUUUAAACUAACAACAUGAACUGGUUAAUCAUAUUAUUUAUAAAUGGAUCAAUAGAUUGUUUUUGAUUGAGAUCAUGAACCGAUUGAUGUUAGACUACUGUUGAAAACCUGGAAGCACUGAACGGCCGUUUCUUCCUAUUGUGGGACUCUUCAGCAGUGCGCAUCCACGAUCCCAUCCCGUGGGAUUCGAACCCAGGGUCUAUCGGUCUCACGCAUGAACACUUAACUUGUAGACUACUGGUGUUAUUUUUCUAAUAGAAAUACCUCACUACCGUCAACCAACAACAUGAACUGGAUAAUCAUGUUAUUUAUAAAUAGACCAAUAGAUUGUUGACAAUUAUAGCUCACAAUUAUUAUUCGUUACAUUUUUUGUGGAUAUUAUAAUAAUUUCAAUAGUUGAGAUCAUGAGUCAAUUCAAACUAGACUACUAUGGAAAACCUGGAAGUACUGGACGGCCAUUUUGCCUUGGCGUGGGAUUCGAACCCAGGGCCUAUCAGUCUCGCGCUUGAAAACUUAAUCUGUAGACCACUGGUGUUAUUUUUCUGAUGGAAAUACCCCACUCCCGUCACAUUAUAGCAUAGUCGAUAAUAGACUCCUCCAUCGGAAUUCAGUAUUGCUGCUUUAAGUCAUACCGCUAUUCAACUAACGUUCUUGGCCAUGAUAUGACAGACAUAAAAGAACUUGCGUUCCAGUUAUGAUCACUCAAUUUAUUCAGCAUGUUUUGCAAACUCAACCAACCACACACCAAAGUAGCAGCUACAACCAAUACGUAUUUUAUUUAGUGUUUAUCAGUUGGAAGUUAUCUACAGAAAGUCUUUAUUAGCUUUGUUUUCAUGUUUGUUAACAUUCAUAAACUAAAAUGUAUCUGAUUUCCUGAAGAAAAAUUCACUAUCUCCUUCCGUUGGCAUUCAUACUUGUCGCUUGCCAGUCAAUCGUAAUCAACAGAAAAUAUGCAAGAGUGACAUUGCAGUCAGUCACUAACAACGUAGAACUUCGUACGUACGUACAUCAGUUUGAGUUGCCAUACCACAUCAGCACAGAGACGCAGUUGUCUAUUCAAAUCCCGUAGUGGUAGAGCUAGUAUGAGUAUAAGUAGUAAUCCGAAACAUUAGGGUUUAAAGAUGUUAUGCAAUGAGUAUAAUCCAGUAAAAUAAAUUUGGAAAGGGAAAAAACAAAGAGACAUAAAGAAUUCAGAAGAUUAGAAUUGGGGAGAACAGAAAGAGUGGAUGCACCUGUGCCAUUGCAAGCGAUUUUGAGCCACAUCAUUCAAGGUCUCUAACCAUCGGUUGCUAUCGUCUUGCGGAUCCCAACCAAGUAGUCUACACCUACCAGCAUGGAUCAGUCCACUUUUCAGUGACUCCAUGGAUUUGUACCACUACUUAGCCUAUUUUAUGGUUAGCAUGUAACACUAAUUGGAAGUGAAAACGCUGACAGCAGAAAACUAAGAAGAUCAAGUUGAAGAGAAAACAGAAACGGAAAUAGAAUAAAACUGUAAACUGUAAGAAUCAUACUGAAUUUGUAAGACAAAUGAUGGAAUUUUACUAAUGAAGUAUUCAAUGUAUGGUUCUCAUAUUUUACCAAAAGUUUAUUUAUGUUUGUUCGUUUAUGUGUAUGAUUAUCUGAAUUGUUUAUUCCUUAAAAUUGCUAAUCAUGAUUAUCACAUUAUGUGCACUUUUAUCUUGAUCUGCGUGUUUCUUUCUAUUGCACGUUCUCUCUUUCUCUCUCUCUCUCUCUCACAUACACACUUGCACUCCAAGUAUCAUAAUACAUAAUCGGAUUAUGAUAUGAAUUCAUUCGUAAUUGUUAUGCGUAUGUGUGUUUGUAUCCACUUCGUCGUAAUUGACUUACUUUUAUCAAUACGUGAUGAAGUUAGCAGUUAUAAACAACGUGAUAUGUUGAUCACUUUUUUGUUCUAUUCCCCUGAUUCUAAAGUACACACACUGGAGAGUAAGAAAGUGUAUAAUUCAAAAGAAAAUAACUAUCAACUCCUAUGUUUACAUUUCUUAAUGGUAAAUCACGAGACUUCGUUGAAUGUGUAUUCAUGGUAUCUCAUUUUGUGAGUUGAACUCAGUUGACUUUUUUCGUUAAGUGGAACUACAACAUUAAGAUUUAAUCUACACCAUUGAACUCAUGGAUUCACCUUGCAUGGAUUUAUUUGUGCUUAGAGAUAUCAUUUAAACCCCCAAAUGCCCUGGUAUGACCGAGAAUGGGUAAAGUCAGUUAUCCUUCUCAAGAUACUCUCAAAUGGUCACGUACAUACAACUACUGCUAGGGUAGUCCUACUCAGUUCAUUCUCUAGGCGGGGGUGUUUUUUUUACGAAAUUGGGAGGACAAAAUGCACUUUAACCGUGUUAGUGUAAAUGGAGGAUCCACCCAGGGGAUUUGGAAAACCCUCAUUCCAACCAAAUGAUACACAUGGGCUCCAGGAUCCUGAGGAAUCAAAUCGCGUACGAACCAAUUAUUCGUCACCGGAAACAUGAGACUACAUUUCCUGACGUUGCUCCACUGUGUUGUGAACCAGACCUUUAGGUCAAAGACUCUGGAUGUGGCCCUGUAAGAAAACCACCUGCUUCGGUUUGGGCACCCGAGCAGUAUCCCAGCCCUCAGAAAAAUCUAAUGAUUUAUAUGGUGCAUAUCUGUUUGGUGCCUCCUUGUACUAAUGUGUAUGUGUUUAAAUAGAUUAAUUAUAGUACUGUUUCUCGCUUAGCAUUUUGAAGGUAGACAUCAAUACCGUUGGAUGCCGGCCGUUUCAAUGAAUUAGAAGUUAAGCAUUCGCGCGCGAAACCGAUUAGUCCCGAGUUCGAAUUUCUCGAGCGGGAUUGUGGAUGCGCACUUCUGAUGAGUUCUAUACUGGGACGAAACGGCCGUCCAAUGUUUCUGUGAUUUCCACAGUACUCUAGCUUUAAUUGACUCAUGAAUUCAACUAUAAGAAAAGAACUUGACCACAUUGACAUAUUUGUAAGAAAUAGCUUCGAAUAUUGAACACUCCACUCCACUAUACAAUACUCACUCACUAAAUAAAUGUUAACAUCCUUGAUAAUGUUUAAUAAAACACUAAUUGAAAAUAGAAAAAUGUUACCGGUAACCCAUACCUUCACUGAUAAAGAGAUUCUAAUAUUCAUUGAUUUUAAUCAAACAAACACAGACUUAUAUUGAUUAUUAUUAUUUAUUUAUUUAUUUAUUUGAACACAUAAAUAUUGGUACAAGAGAGCGCCAAUAUAUAUGCGCCACAC